AUGCUGGCGCAGGACCAGCGCGAGGCCAACUACAAGCGGUUCAAGAAGAUCCGCGAGGAGAAGGGCACGAAGAAGAUGCGGCGCAUGACUGCCAUCGAGGCUGCUUGGCCGCUUAGCUCUGUGGCCGGUGCUUUCGAAAGCUUUGCCUGUCAGAUCAUGGUGAAGUUCCCCCCAAACAGCCGCAUCUACAAGCACGCGAAGAGUCCCUUCACAGCCGUGGCUGUCAAAGCCUGCCAGCGCAUCAAGCUUGAAGAAGGGAGAGCCGAGCUCCUGAUUUUCGAGUCGGAGUCUGAAGGAGAGGAGUACAGGCAGGAGCUAGACAUAGCAUCAUACCCGGUGACGUGCCAAAGAGCCGUUUACUUUGAACUUUAG